AUGAAAACUGCAAGUAUACUUCUCAUUACCUUAUUAAUUCUAUAUGUGCAAACACGAGCCGAUAUUAAACGAGACUGUCGCCGGCAAACGAAAGUUUCCUGGGUAUCCUUGAAACAAUUAAAGGCCGGUAACAUUGAUCAAGACGAUAUGAAAUUAAAGUGUUACUUGAGAUGCUUCAUGUUGAAAAACGGCAUUCUUAACGAAGACAACACUAUAGAUCUCGAAAAAGCCCUGCGUCAUCUGCCACGUAGUAUGCAGGAAUCGUCGAGAGAGAUUCUCAAUCGAUGCAAAUCAAUUCCUGGAAAAAUGUCGGAGAAUGCUUGCGACAAAGCUUUUCGAAUCGCUGCGUGUUACGUUAAGGAGCAACCGAGCAUCUUGAAAAGCGCAUCGUUCAUUUGA